AGCAGUUAGUUGUGAAUGGUUGAGGGUGUUUGGCCGGAGUACUCCGGGAGGGGAGGGGCGAGAGGGAAGUUGCUCGCUCUCUCUGACUCGCGCGCGCGCUGCGAGGAGAAACCGGGAGGAGGGAGGGAAAGAGAGAGACGCCGCUCCUUCUCCCUCAGUGGCUCCAGAGACGCCUCAUCGGGGCGAGACGCGACCGUUUGCCGCCCGCCCGCGUCGAGUCUCUCUUCUCUCUCUCACCCACCACCCACCCCUUUCUGGGUUGUGUGAGGGAGGGAAAUAAAGACGGAAGCGGCGGCUUGAGGAGGGGAAAGAGAGAGAGAGGAGGGGAGGGGGGGAAACCCUCACAAGAUAUAUAUGUAUAUAUACAAAAGCAGUUGGGCUUCGUUGAAGCGCCGCCGCCGCCGCGCCCUCCUCCUCCCCUCAGCGACGGCGACAAAAGCCGGCUUCGCCUGAGGUGAACGAAGAAAGGCGGAGGUGGGGCUCGAGCGCCGCUGAGGGAGAAGCGGACGGUUCGGCUCAGUCAGUCGCGGCGGCGGCUCUCGCUGCUACUGCCGCCGCCGCCGCCGCCGCCGAGCUCGCUCCUGCCCAAGACCGCUUGCUCGCUCGCCGCCUCAGCCGCCGCUUCCUGCUCGGCCACACGAUGCCGCGGGUCGUCCCGGACCAGCGCAGCAAGUUCGAGAACGAGGAGUUCUUCAGGAAGCUGAGCCGAGAGUGCGAGAUUAAAUACACUGGCUUCAGGGACAGACCACAUGAAGAAAGACAGGCCAGGUUUCAGAAUGCGUGCCGAGAUGGACGGUCUGAGAUAGCUUUUGUGGCCACAGGAACCAAUCUGUCUCUCCAGUUUUUUCCGGCCAGCUGGCAAGGGGAGCAACGGCAGACACCAACCCGAGAGUACGUUGACUUUGAAAGAGAGGGAGGCAAGGUCUACCUAAAAGCGCCUAUGAUUCUUAAUGGUGUUUGUGUUAUUUGGAAAGGCUGGAUAGAUCUCCAAAGACUGGAUGGCAUGGGCUGCUUAGAAUUUGAUGAAGAACGGGCACAGGAAGAUGCAUUGGCACAGCAGGCUUUUGAAGAAGCUCGGAGAAGAACUCGUGAAUUCGAGGACAGAGACAGGUCUCAUCGGGAAGAAAUGGAGGUGAGAGUUUCACAGCUGCUGUCAGUUACUGGCAAGAAGACAACAAGACCCUAGUCCUGGCUCAACCCUGGGAGGUGGUGAUGAUCUCAAACUGCGUUAAGUGAACAACGGCUGUGCCAUGAGUGUGACGCUUAAACUUGGCAAAUGAUGGAAUUAAAAGACCAGAAACUGUGAUAACUGGGUAUAUACUAUAGUCUAUUCCCUGACCUGCGGCAACCAAACUAUCAUGUCCCGCCAUGGUUUGCACUAUGUUUGUGUUGUAUUAUCUGCAUUUCUUUUCUUUAAGCAUGUUGCCAAUGGGGAUUUGAAAUUCUUGUUUCUCUAUGCAAGCUUAUAAUUUUGUUGGCACUAUUUUAGUGACGAGAACAAUUAAUGCAGCUAUAAAAACAAUUCCUCAACUGUAAUAUUCAUUCAUUUCAGAAUAGGUCAAACGUUGCAGAAUAAAGUUUUUUGUGACUUUUUUAAAAAACAAAAACUUUCAAAAUAAUUUUUAUAUGGGCUUUUGGAAGUUUGUUUGUCAUAGUGUUCUUGCUUUUACACAUGCAUUCUUUGUGGUAUUGUCUUUUUAUGCACUUUCUCUUCUCUAACUUUCAACACAUUUUAUUCUUUUUACAUUAUGCAGCCUAGACCAAGUAAGAGUGUUGUCAAUUGAUUUACUGAAUUACAUGUUUAUAAACUUUUUAAAAAACCACACUCCAAUAUACCAUGAAAUAUUGUUAACUUAAAGUUAAUGUUUUAGAUGGCAAAAUGUCUAAAUGAGAUUUUAAUCUGUCCGCACGUUCUGUUGUAGAUUCUGUUCUGCAGUUACUAGUUGUAGUUAAUGUAGUUCAGAUAACCUGCUGAAACUGAUUGGAACUCAUUGCAGUAUGGCUCUUCAGGGACUCUGUAAAAAUCUGAAAUGGGAUACUCCAUCUUUCUGAUUGCAUUUGACAUUAGUCUAUGAUGGCUGAGGGUGAAGCUGAUAUCUUGAAUACAAUCAUGUUGAAAGUAGCUGCUUAACUCUUUUUGUAUCCUAUUCUUUAGCCUAGAUUAAAAUACGAAUUGAGACAUUUGAAUUGUAUGCAAAACAGUCUCAUAUUGGCCCAAAGUUGCCUUUGGUGUGUUUUUUUGUUACUUAACAAUUUUGUUAUGAUACUUUCUAGUAGCAUAAGAUUUGGAGAAAAUAAUUAUUGAGGAUUGUUCACUUUUGCACUUCAGUCCCUGCUUUCUUCUAUUAUAUUACUCAAGAGUACUGUUUACCAAAUCUUGUGUCAAACCAGUUUUGUUUCUCCAUUUGUUAUGUGGCGUGAACAUCAAUCUAAUCUAAAUUAGCAUUUUAGGCUUUAAACCACAACAUUCAUUUUUUGUGUUAAUAUGAAUAGAAUGCAACAUUCCUUGUCAAUGCUGGUAGUUGAACUUAUAACAAUUACAAAUAUCUGAACAACUUCCCUGGAUAUGACAACUCUGAAUCUUUUUUUAAUACUCUUAACAGUCAUCCAUAGGUUCUGUCCCAAACAGAUCCAUUAAAUAGAAAUAUGUUGCUCAUGUUAAUAUUUUUUCCAUGCACAUUUUCCUCAUCCAGGGAAGAAAGAAUGGUCCAAAAAGUAGUUUUCUGUUGCUGUUCCAUUUUUGUCAGUGAUGUUCCUUUCCUUUGUAUUUCAAAUAGUAUGGUGUUUCCUGAUUACUUCUGAUAGUAGUUUCAAAUCAUGAGUACACAAAUUAUACUAUUGCAUAUAUACCUUUGCUGUCUGUGUGUAAAUAACCUUCUCCCCCUAUUAUCUAGAAUUUGGCUACUUAAUGGCCAUGUUUGAAUGAUCAUAUCUCAGCUUAAUAGCCCAAUAUAAAAAUAGAUGUUUUGCUCAUGCACACAGCCCCUUUGCUACUCUAACUAAUGAUAGUUACAGGUUUCCUGGUUUUACUGCCUGCAUCAUCAAGGGAGGAACAAAGGUGCUGUGUGCCCAGGCAAUAGACUCAUUCACAUAUUGGCUUGUUGAGCCAAGAUACAGUUGUCCAAACUGGGCCACCAUGUCUUAAUGCUGGCAUUAAGAUCACAAGCCCUCUCCCUGUGCUAGCUAGUGCAGACCUGCUAAACUUAAAAACUUUAAGUUAUUGAUGCAAUUUGAUAUUUUUUCAUAAUUUCUAUUUAAACAAGAGUUGCAUCAUCUUCAAACUCAUCUCUUUAAGAGUUGCCUUAAGCUUCAAGAUUGCUUUUGCUAUCUUUUUGUGCUAUGUUAACCUUACGUUUAUAAUAAACUUAUGUGAGUGAAACAAA